ACUUCCUCAGAAAAAAAAAUAUUGUUAGUUUAACCGGAAACAGUUUUUCUAACCGGAAGCUGAGAUGUCAGCUUUGUUUUGGUUCCCGUCUAUCACGUGAUCCGCCAUCGUCACGCGGAGAGCAGCAACAUGGCGACAGACUCCGCGCUGAAGGUGAUUUUUGAACACGAGGGUGUUUUCAUCCAUCCGAACACAGAGGAAGAAGGAACCGAACCGGAUCUUCUGGUUUCAGGAUCUCUUCGAAUUCUCGAAAAGGAUGCUGAGGUUCUGGUGGACUUCCGUCCCCUGGAGGACCCAGUAGACCCAUCCAACAUGCUUUGUGCUGGACAGGAUUCUAGCUCAGUUGUGGAGUGGGCCCAGUGCCCCAAGGAGAAGCACCAGUCCCACCAGCUGCUGGAGACACAGCAGAGCUAUGAGACAGAGUGGGACAUGCUAAACGCCGUUUCCUUCCGGAAGAGGUCGAGUGCCAGAGGAGAAGGCUUGCUGAACCACAGCCUGGAGAGGAGUCGCUGGGCGUUCUCUGUCAGCGUUAGUGACCUCAGGUCCAUCACGGUGAAGGAUGAAGGUUGGACCUUCGUCAUCCUGCAGCAGAAGGAGCCCUCCACCUCCUUACCUGCCCUUCAUUUCCACCAGGGCGGCAGCAGAGAGUUCCUGGAUAACCUGAGGAGGUUUGCUCUUCUCACAGAGUCUCCUGAGGAUGAGACAUGCCUGGAGGUCAGCACCCCAAACAGAGCACUGUCCCAGUCCUUCGAGAACCUGCUGGAUGACAACAGCUUUGGACUCAUUCACAAGUUUCGCCGCGACCCCUAUGUGGCAACGUUUGGCGGUUUAUCCAAAGUCACCAACUACAUUUAUGAUGCUCUGCGGGGAGCCGAGGAACAGCAGCAGCAGCGUCCCCCGGAGGAAGUGGCUGACUUGUUGGGUGAAGUGAUCCCAGGUUUGGAGAUCAACCAGCAGGAGGAACCGGGCUUUGAGGUCAUCACCAGGAUUGACCUGGGAAUGAGGCCACAGGUGACCCGCUGUGAGCCGCUAUCUGCAGACAGAUGGAGUAAACAUCUGGACAUGGAGGGCAGGGUGCAGGACGUUGACCAGCUCAAACACGAAGUCUUCAAGGGGGGCCUCUGUCACGCCGUACGGAAGGAGCUGUGGAAGUUCCUCUUGGGAUAUUUUCCUUGGAGCAGCACGUCAGAGGAGAGGAGGUGUCUGCAGCGUGUCAAAAUUGAUGAAUACUUCAGGAUGAAGCUGCAGUGGAAAUCAGUCAGUGAAGAGCAAGAGAGAAGAAACUCCAGACUUAGAGACUUCAGAAGUCUGAUCGAGAAAGACGUGGACCGGACGGACCGAACGAACUGGUUCUAUGAGGGUCUGAACAACCCGGGCCUGACUCUGCUGCAUGACAUCUUGAUGACCUACUGCAUGUAUGACUUCGACCUGGGCUACGUUCAGGGGAUGAGUGACCUGCUGUCCCCCAUCCUCUACGUCAUGGAGAACGAGGUUGAUGCUUUCUGGUGUUUUGUCUCCUUCAUGGACCAGAUGCACCAGAACUUUGAGGAGCAGAUGCAGGGAAUGAAGACACAGCUGAUUCAGCUCAGCACGCUGCUCAGACUGCUGGACCUGACCUUCUGGAACUACCUGGAGUCUCAGGAGUCUGGUUACCUGUACUUCUGCUUUCGGUGGCUCCUGAUCCGGUUCAAGAGGGAGCUCAGCUUCCAGGACGUCUUAAGGCUCUGGGAGGUCAUGUGGACCGGGCUCCCAUGUCAGAACUUCCACCUGUUGAUUUGCUGCUCGAUUCUUGACUCUGAGAAGCAGAAGAUCAUGGAGGAGAACUUUGGUUUCAAUGAGAUCUUGAAGCACAUCAAUGAGCUCUCCAUGAAAUUGAACAUCGAAGAGAUUCUGCAGAAAGCUGAAGGCCUCUUCCAUCAGAUCAGGAGCUGUAAGGACCUGCCUCACUCCAUCAGCUCCAUCCUGGGCUUGGACACAGGGCACCAGCGUUCUGACCCAACAAAUGCUGGCGCUGUAGCGGCUUCACAGCGUGCUCACCUGCAGAACAUCUGCUCCAACGGACUCGGUAGAGAAAACGGAUCGCAGAACAGCGGCAGACCUGCCUUUAAGUCGUAGUGACGUGGAGAGACUGACCUCAGGUCCGCAAUGGGCGCUACAGCUCUAUGGCAGCUGAGGAGGUGUAAAAAAAAAAAAGAAAGUUUAUUCAGAGUCUUAUUUUUCUAAAUUCUUGUGUUUCCUCCUGACGUUUUCUAAAACGAUCAACCACAGAGCACACAGGAAGCCCCUGGACCGCUCAUCCAUAUUUCUAUCAGCUGAUUGUUUUUCUGCCAAAGUGGCUCCUCUCCUCUCUCUUUGUACAGAUUCAACUACUUCCAUUAAAAAUCUGCCACCAAG